GAUUUGCUACCGCGUCUCAUGUCUGAAUACAACGCGCGAAAGCAUCGAACUAUCGGUAUGCGACCCAUCGACGUCACUCCCACAAUCGCCAACAAGCUCUUAACCACGGUGUAUAACCAUGUAAAGAUCGCCGCACCCGCACGAUUCAAAGUGGGUGACUCGGUACGCGUCAGUAAAUUCAAGACAAUUUUUGACAAGGGUUACACACCAAACUGGACCACGGAAGUGUUUAAAAUCAUCAAGGUGCAGAAAACUAAUCCCGCAACGUAUCUUUUGGAGGAUUCUCGUGGAAAACCCAUAGCCGGAGGAUUCUAUGAAUACGAACUGCAUCGCGUUGCUAAUCCCGACGUGUACCUCGUUGAAAAAGUUUUGCGCAAAAGAGGGAAUGAGGUAUACGUGAAAUGGCUGGGAUUGGAUGAUUCACAUAAUUCAUGGAUACACAAGGAUAACGUGUUGUAA